UUAAAAGAGCUAUAUAAAGAUUUUAUUAAUCCUUGGAUUUUUGUUUUCUGGUGGCAAAAAAAAACAACAAAAAGAACCGAACAGCUUGACUUUGCAGGGCUCCGUGAAAUCCGUGAAGGGUUGUGUUUGUUGUACUUCUAGAUUUUUUUCUUUUUUUUUCUUUCUUCCACUCAAGAUGUUUUAGUUAUUCAUGUAAUAAAGCUGUGUUGUACCCAAGGUGUGGUUGCUGCUUCAUUUUAUUUCACACACACUCUCUCACGUGUCUUUGGUGUUCUGGGGUGUAUUUUUUAGUGAUCUGAAAGGUGUCUGGAGCAGGUAAAAUGUCCCGCAAUGCAUUGAAAAGUCAAAUUCGCUGGGACAGUUUAGAAGUCGUAUGGUAAUCUUAAUCUUAGGCAGCUACACUUGUCAGAGCUGGUGGGGUGGUAGAAGCAACGUAAGCUGGACCGGUAAAGGACAGGUUUAUUAAAAACACCUCUACUGCAACGUUUUAAAGUCUGCAGUACCUUCCAUAAUGGAGUUGCCCCUUCCGGAAGCUCUCAGCAUGGGCUGUGAUGCUAUUGAUCAAGGCUUGCUGGUUUUGCAUUAGAAAGCAACGUUAACGCAUGAUAAUAACGCUGUGGACUGCAUCAUUUUUUUUUUAUUUAUUUGUUACAGUAAUUGUGUGCCCACUUUAUCCAGUCUUUUUGUUAAAUCUAGUGAUCCACUUCUUUUAUCUGUUGUUCUUGCCAGCUAAUCGACAAACCGACGUGGUGUUAAACGAGUAACGGAGAUAUAUAUUUCUUAAUCUUACAAGAAUGGAAUAGAUUGACAAUAAUGAAUUUCCCUUCACUUCACAUGGAGUCGACGCUGCUGUUGUUUGUUUCUCUUGCAAGCCUGUCUGUUGAGCUGCAGCGCGGCCCUCGUUUCCGUUUCCAGUUCAAAGCUGAUCGCAGGUUGUGUGUUUGAAGGACGCAGCUGCUUCCGAGACGACAGUAGAGUCGGGUUUCUAUCAAACGAGGGAGCGCUGCCCCGGGACACUUAGAAAUGGCAGGCAGCAGGCUGGAGAAAUUCGGGACUGUAUUUACAAGUUCUUGUAUUUCUUCUUUGUCGCUGUGUUACAGGGUGCGUGAUUUGAUGCGGGCUGGGGUUGUUAAGGAUGCAGACAGGCCCAUCUGGUAUGACGUCUACGCCGCAUUCCCACCAAAGAAAGAGCCCGUCUAUCAGAAGCCGAUCACAAGAUUCGGGAAGGUAGUGGACAAGGUGCCUGAAAUCCUGUACAAGGAGGACACAGUCAGAGCGAAAUUUUAUGAAGUUUAUGGAAAUGGCCCGAGAGCUUUCGAUCUCACAAAAGUUAAUUUUGUUUCCACAAGCCAAAGGUUCAUAGAGAAGCAUCUGGAGCUGGAGAAGGCUGGGGACCUGGAUGAGGAGAAGCUGUUUGAAGAGACGGCAAAGGCUCUGCUUGCUGAAGGGGUAAUACUGCGAAGACGAGGAGGAGCUGGGCAGAUGGCUCUGCAGUCACCCGGAGUUUCAGUUUCUCCUGAAGCAGAGAGCAGGGACCCUGUGCUGGAAAUGAGACUGAAGGACAUGCUGCAGGAGUUGCAGCAGGAACACCGAGAGAAGCAGCAGACAGAGACCCCCCGAGAUCCUGCCGCGACUCAGUAAUCCUCCCCCCAGCAUCUCAUACAGGGCGGGGAGCAUAGUGGGUCUGUGGAUGGUAACUGUGGCUGUGUUUCCAUUAGGCUCUGUUCCAUGCUUCUCCCUAAGAAAGGUACAGACCUCUCCGUUCGAUCGAUUCCACCUGGCACACUCGGAUCAGCAGUUUCAUUUCCCUCCGAUCCCACACAACCACAGAGAGCUCCUGCCUUUCAUUGAAGAGACUGUGUGAUUGAGGACAGACAGUAGGACCGUUCUGGGAAUCGGGUGGAAAGAGGCACCCCUGUACUGCACGGACUGAGUUCAGGCACAUUAGCUAGAUAUGACCGCACUUGCAGCUUGACUUCCAUUGAGACUGAUCCCUAGACAUUGUUUCGUGCAACUUAUUGAAUUUUGUUUUUUGCAUCUGCCUUCACCCUCUCCACGGGCGUCUGAAAAAGCUGAACUAAAUGUCAGUAAUGCUGCAGCUAGUCUUCUUUGUUGUAAGUUGCAUUGCAUCUUGUCAAAUAAAUACAAUCCUAAGCUCC